AUGUCGACACUUUUCGGAGGCGCGUCAAGCUCAGCAGCAGCGACAAGCAACACUGUUGGCGACCUCAAGAACGACGUUGCGCUUUCCGAUCCUCCCACUGACACCAUCUCCGAUCUUUCCUUCUCCCCUGCGCCAAACGGACCCGACUUUCUCGCCAUCGCAAGUUGGGAUAAUAAGGUCCGCGUUUAUGAAAUUGCCGCCAACGGCACCAGUCAGGGCCGACACGCUUAUGAGCACAGUCAGCCUGUUUUGGGCUGUGACUUUUCCAAGGAUGGAACAAAAAUCGCUUCUGCAGGCGCCGACAAGAAUAUCAAGGUCUGCGAUCUCGCCUCCCAGCAAGAUAUUGUUGUAGGCACACACGAUCAGCCCGUGCGAACAGUACGGUUCUUCGACAGCGGUAACGGCCCCAUGGUAGUCUCAGGCUCUUGGGACAAGACGGUCAAAUACUGGGAUCUUCGACAGCAGGGACCUGCGGCCACAGUAACAUGUCAAGAGCGCGUUUAUACGAUGGACGUCCAGGACAACCUCUGCGUGGUAGGCACCGCCGACCGCUACAUCAAUGUCAUCGACCUCAAGAACCCGACCAAGUUCUACAAGACACUGCAAAGCCCACUUAAGUGGCAGACCAGAGUGGUUAGCUGCUUUACCGACUCGGCUGGUUUCGCUAUUGGUAGUAUCGAGGGCCGCUGCGCUAUCCAGUAUGUCGAGGACAAGGACGCAACGUCCAACUUCUCCUUCAAGUGCCACCGAGACCCGCCGGCCAACAGCGUCACGAACGUCUACGCCGUUAACGAUAUAUCAUUCCAUCCCGUCCACGGCACAUUCAGCACGGCUGGUUCCGAUGGUACCUUCCACUUCUGGGACAAGGAUGCUAAGCAUCGUCUGAAGGGAUACCCCAACGUUGGCGGUAGCAUCACCUCGACCAAGUUCAACAAGAACGGUUCCAUCUUCGCAUACGCUGUUGGCUACGACUGGGCCAAGGGAUACCAGCACAACACGCAAAACUACCCUAUCAAGGUGAUGCUGCACCCUGUCAACAACGACGAGUGCAAGCCCAGGCCAUCCAUGAAGAAGCGAUAG